AUCACUCGCUCCGCCAGCGACAUGUUUACCAUUUACUGCUAAGCCACACUGAGAGAGAGAGAGAGAGAGAGAGAGAGAAGUUCUGUAGCGUAGCUUUUCUUCAGUAGUGUGUAUCCAAUUUUAACCAAAUAUGCUCUCUGCAAGGGUAUACAAAUGUAUAUAUUUUAUCUGCCAUUUUCUAUGAUAAAUCAAUCGAAAUUUGGGAGCAGAAAAUUGACUUAUUAUAAAAACAUUUAUAUGAAAAUACUAGCGUAUCUAAAUGAUGAAUCAAUUGAUCGCUCUUCAGUAGAUUAUUUCCUAAUAACAAACGACCUUGUGACCCUGCAAUUGCACAUCACAAGAGAGAGUUUAUAUCGGUGGUUAAUGCGGAUACAAUAAGCAUUCUGUUCUUAACAUCAGCCAUGAUCGCUGUGCUUUGGAUCUGCUGGUUUCUCAUAAUAAAUGGCGUGAUGACAGAGCCCCGCAACUUUCGUCUAGUUCUCGAUGACAUCAUCGUGUCGGACCGAGAUCCGGACUUGAUUGAAAAGUUGGAGGUUCAGUUGUCCCAGAGGAAUAAUCGGAGCUACCUGGAUGCCCAAAUAAUAUUCAAACGUAAUUUAAAGGAAAUGUCUGCACGUACCGCUCUGGAUUUUUGGAAAAGCAGCAAUACAAAAAUGAGGUUAUACGAUGUACGAUUGGAUGCGUGUCUCUUCCUCGAUGUGAGCCAUAAGAAUCGAUUGUUUAACAUCUUCGCCAAGGCCCUAAGAAAAUAUUCCAACCUGAGUUGCCCCUCUAAAGCGAACUUUACCUACACGUUUAAGGAACUUUAUUUCGAUGAGGAGGAACUACCCUCCUUCAUACCGCUGGGCGUCUUUCGGGCACUGAUCGAAUACUCAACCAAACAGAGAUUGAAUGCGCGUAUCAAAACCCGCGGAAAAAUUGUACCCAGACUUUAAGUUCCGAUGCUGAACGAAAAGUUUCAUAAUAAAUGCCAAAUACAAUCUGUGGAAAAGGAUUUCUUACUUUUAAAAUGGAUUCAACAUCAAAAGUACGCCAGUUUUACCUUGUCUCCACAUACUCGUAUAAUAUAUCUCGAAGUUGGUGAUCCAGUCUGGGCGAUGGUUACACAUCACUACAGCCUUCUGCAUUAGGUAGAAUCUGAUUGAAGGCCUCAACACUUACCUGUAGAUACCCCUGCCCUACCCAUUUCAUCUUUGAAUAUCGGACAAACAAUUUACGGCACAUGUGGGGCCAGUGUUUUUACUAAAUGGCACAAAUCCAACCGGCUCU